AUGAACAUUCACAUGGAUACCGCAGAAUGGCUCAAGGUACGGCCAUUGAACUAUCAUGGUUUUCUCAUCCAAUCUCCGACAUAUUUUUUGGAUGAAGGGAAUACUCGUUAUUUUAGAGCAAGCUCGCCAAAGAAGGAAGCACCUCUUCCGUCUUCUUCGUGUGUCUUCUUCUCGUUUUCUAGGGUUCUAGUGGGAUAGGGUCUUUGAUUCUCCCUCUAAUCGCUCCAGUGGCUCAUGUAUACACUCAUUCUUCGUUCUUGAGAAUCUCCUGAAAGUUGCGAGAAGCCCUGCAUUAUCUUGCAUGAGAAACGCACGCAGAGAAGGAGACAGAAAAUAUGAGACACCGUGUUCUAACCUACACCACAUGCACAGAAGAAUGGGGAGAGAGAGUGACGGGGAAGGGAGGGAGAGUGUUUGCAUCUUGGACAUCUUGCAUUAUCUUGCAGCACCACAUGAACAGAUACACAGAGAGACAGAGAGUCCAUGCGAGACGUCCUCUAUUUAGCUGCACCGAGGACAAGAGGAGGAGGAGAGAAAGAGAGAGAGACGUUCUGCAUUAACCUGAUGAAUACAUGCACAGAGGACGAGAGAAAGAAAGAGAGCGAGAGGGAGAAACUUGAAAAAUCAACGUGCUAGAUCACAUCUCUCCUUUUCCUUUAAUCAAUGGCGGGCGAAACGACUCAAAGAAAAGAUAACGAAACAAUAAUCUACGUUUUCCCACUUUAACUGCAAGCCUUUCUCAAAGAACUAAAGAGCUCCCCAUCCUCGAGCUUCGCACUCCAAUGAUAAUCUCUCAACCCCUCUUUUCCCGCUUUAUUUUUCGCACAGAAUUUCAUGCUUCAAUCAUCUCUAAGGUAAUCUCACCCCUUCUUCUUCUUCUUCUUCUUCCUCGUCGACUGGUUGACCAGAGCAUCGUUCAGGAAGAAGGCUGCAUGGACUCCUCUUCGUCCCUGUCGGGGGAGAUCAUCUCCUGCACCCGCCCGCCGCAGGCCAUGGAGCGCCGCCUCCGCCCUCAACAUGAGCAGCCCCUUAAAUGCCCCCGCUGCGACUCCACCCACACCAAGUUCUGCUACUACAACAACUACAGCCUCUCUCAACCAAGGUACUGUUGAAUUUUGAGCUGGAUUGGCUCAGUUCCUUCAUACAGCAUCGGAGAUAAUCAUUCAAUUCUUAGUUCAUAGAUUAAUCCCACGUCUAAUAGUGACAUAUAAACAUCAACAUGAGUUUUCUAUGCUCGCUGCCGAUUUAUCCUGAGUUUUGACGACACUGUGUGGGAUUACAGAUACUUCUGCAAAACCUGCCGCCGGUAUUGGACCAAGGGAGGCUCCCUCCGCAACGUCCCUGUUGGUGGUGGCUGCCGGAAGAACAAGAGAUCGGGGGGGAAGAAGCCCGCCAUGGAGAUCCCCCAGGCGCCACCGGCGCCCCCUCUGAACCCCCUCCCGUCCUACCCGGGUCUGCAGCUGCCGCACCUCGGCUCUCUGGCAGGCAACGCUCACGGCCUCGCUUUAAUGGAGUGCAUGCUCGAGGGCCACGGUGCCGUGGACGGAGGAGAGUUCGGCGCAGUGCUGCGCAACCCCGGAAACCUCCUCUUCAUGGGCGGCGGCGCCACCACCGCUGGCGGAGGCCGCAGCAUGGGCAGCUUCGGGGACAUGAACCAUGGCUUCCUCUCCUCUACAUUCCAUGGCGGUUCUCCACCGGGAUUCUCCAUGGACGGCGGCCACAGCGGCGUUUUCAUGGAGGCGUGCCAGAGUAUGGCUAUCAAUCCCGUGGAGACAAAGCCCCACGAGAAACUGCUGUCUCUCGAGUGGCAGCAAGACCAGGGCUGCGCCGACGUCGGCCGGGAUGGGUUCUACUACCCCGCUGGCGUCGGCUUGUGGGGCGGCAUGAUGAACAGCCACGGAUCCUCCGCCUCUAAUCCUUUGGUCUAG